GUGCCACACAGGUGGCGUCUAAUGAUCAUCAAUAUGUGGCUGUGGAAGAAGGUUUGUCUUUUGCAGAGUUCAAUAACAAUUGCCAAUUAGAUGAGUUUGACAUUUUCGCUUUUCUGGAAAAUUUUCGUCCGUCCAGUGUUGAUCCAGAGCGCCUAUUUUCUACUUGAAAAUUGCUAUGUUCAAUACUUUUUAUAGAAUUUGUUGUAUCAAACUUUUAUGCUAAGUUUUUUGGGAAAAUAACCAAAUAUCCGAAUAGUUGUUCGAGUAGUAACAUUUGGCCGAAGCCGAAUCCGAAUAGUAAGGGCACUAUUCGGCCGAAGUCGAAUAUCGAAUAGUUGGGCCGCGGCGAAUAACGAAUAUCAAAAAGUCCGAGUAUUCGACAUCCCUGAUGACAAUAGGAACCAAGAAAAUGGAUAUGCUGAAGAACUAUAAAAUCAAUUUCGAAAACAUAAAAGAAAUGCAACUCAAAAAAGACCUGGGUAUCUGGCUUGACAACAAACUGACAUUUGAAACACACAUCAAUAAAAAAGCCAAUAAGGCAAACGGCAUGAUAGCAGUAAUUAAAGAAAGCUUAACUAAAGUCACGAAACAAGUAUUUUUAAACAUCUAAAAAUGCUUGAUACGGCCACACUUCGAUUUUGCGAACUUAAUCUGGCACCCUAGGUUGAUCAAGCAUCAAAAGAUCUUUUGGGAAACGUACAAAGAAGAGCGACGCGUCUAGUUAGUGGUAUAAAAAAUCUAUCCUAUUACGAAUACCUUAAAGAACUGAAUCUAUCAUCGCUGGAAUACAGAAGGAAAAGAGGGACAUUGAACGAAAUGUAUUAAAUCUGCUAUGGUUUUUAUGAUAUGAAUGCCACUGAGGGACUAUUCGAGUGGAAUGAUAGCGAUUCUAGAGGUAACGCAUGUAAAGUAGUAGCAAAUCUAGAAAUGCGAAAAAAUUUCUUCAUGAUAACAGCACCUCUCGACUGGAACAAUCUGCCACAGGAAACAGUGCAAAGCAGGAUCAUCGACGAAUUCAAGUGGAAACAGGACAAACAUUGGAAAGCGAUUGGAAUUGACAUGUACGAAUUGGAACGGAGAAAGAACAUUUGAAAUGACCACAAGAGGCACUGCCUAAUGGUCAUAAAAAAACUUGACUUGACUAGAUCCACCCGAUUUUUUGCUAAUUCGAGGCUUACUUCUAAUAUUUUAUAUUGCACUCUAGUGUUCUGGCUAGUGUGCUGGCCUCGUGUUAUAAAUAAAUAUACCUAAUUCUUUUAAAAGUAAAUAUAACCUUUCUGUAGAAAAAAGAAAGAUUGCCAAAAAUGUGCACAUUUUUAAUUAAAAGUGUUCGCUCAGAUGAAAAUUGUUAGAUAAUGGAGGCAGCUGACGAGUUGAUCAAAACUGAAGAAUUAACUGUUGCCUUUCGGCAGAUGAAAGAAGCAGAACUCAACUUGGAAGAAGUUUUAUUCCAAGCUCAAAACAAGCUGACUAGAUGUCGGAAAGCGCAUAGUGUUGAUCUGAAUGACCUUGUCAAAUAUUCGCACUACAUAAGCGUAGAUCACUCAGUUGCUGCACCUUUAAAUUGGGAACAAGGUGACCCUAGAAGGCCCUACCCUACAGAAAACGAAAUGCGGGCAGGAUGGUUGGGACGACUUAAUGAGUUGCAGAUCACAUCUGUUGAAAACAUUCCUGCUGACCUCUUUCUCGAAGCAGUCCCUCCCUCUAUUCGGGAAGCGCAAAUGGAGUCUACCGCAUCAUCUACUGUAGAAAUGGUAAACUCGUCGACAUCGAACAGUUUGACGAAUCAAUGGGAGAUGAAGAGUGCUCAUUUUCAAUCAGAGCCAGGAGGCGUCGAAUCCAGUUUCCCGCAUCAAGCCAGCAAUAGUCGCUUGGAUGACGUGGAAACAAUGUCGAGCGAUUCGUCUGAAAGUGUAUAAUCAUUGUGCUACGCGCUAAGAAAAAAGCUAAAUUCGGUCAAAACUAGAAAUCAACAGUUUGAUAAGAUGAUUUUGAUUUGCUGCGACAACCAAACUUAUGCUAUCCUGGUGUAAAUUCGAAGCGAAGAUGAUCGAUCUUAGGGGUGAAAUGAGAUAUUUAGUGGUCCGUCACUACUGGGCCAUCACACGCUUAUUUUUCAGAGCCGUUUGUAGAAAUUAUGGUUGUUUGAUUGAAAACAUUACAUGAAGCUCGCCUUCAAAACUACGAAUUUAUGAGACUAAUUUUUGCAGUAGGUAUUUACUUUGUUUUGAAAAAUUGAACUGCUGUAAUGAGAACCCGAUGCUUGUUGUUUAAACUUGAAUAGAAUUUGCAUUGAAGUGAACCUUUAAUUUACGUUUUAGUAUCAAA